AUGUUGCGACGGCCGCAUGGCCAUGUCGCUCCCCAGAGCAAGUACCUGCUGGCACUUGCACUGAUCUUGCUCCCGUGGCUUCCUCUCGCCGAUGCUCAGCAGCAGCAACAGCGCCCAUCCACAGAAGCCCACCGUCUCCGGUCCCCCGCCGAAAACGACCAGAAUGCCGCGUCUAGCCUCGCGGCCACCGCGGUGAGGGGUCCUGAGACCGCCGAGACACCGCGCGUCGUUCAGCACUCGCCCAUAUCCGUCCGGAGUCGGGAGGCUGACGAGAACGAGGAGGAUGGUGUCCGUCGACGGGUCAUCCCCCAUCAUCACGAUGGCGGCAGCAACACCAAUAAUAACAACAAUAACAUCAUUCUUGACGAUGCGCGCGCCCACGCUUCAGCUCCGGACCUGUCCGUUCGAGCACCGCCUCCAUCACAGUACAGAGGCCCCGCACAAGGGGCCGGACUCUCGCAGCAUGUUGCGCGGAGCCUGGAGGAUUGGGAAGUGGAAGACUUUGUUCUUCUGGCGACCGUCGAUGGAGACCUUUAUGCCAGUGACCGUAAGACCGGUCAGGAGCGCUGGCAUUUCAAGGCCGACCACCCCAUGGUCGAAACCCGACACUUCCGAACCAAUCGCUCCGUGCUCGACGACGACUACGACCCCAUCGAUCACUACAUCUGGGUUGUGGAACCAACCAGAGACGGCGAGUUGUAUCUCUGGCGGCCGAACGAGCACGGUUCCGGAUUGGCAAAAAUGACCCUUACCAUGAAGAGGCUGGUCGAGGAACUGGCGCCUCAUAAUGACAAGGCUAACCGCGUGCUUUACACGGGCGACAAGAAGACGACCAUGGUCACUUUGAAUGCUGCCACGGGCACCAUCAUUAAGCAGUUCGGGUCCACUGGCAGUUAUGUCAAUAAGGUUGAGUCCGAAAGCUGUUUCCGGCCGAAUGCGCUCGCCGACGGUGAAGAGGAAUGCAGCGAGGAUAGCACCAUUACUCUCGGACGUACAGAGUAUACCGUCAGCAUUCAUCGCGCUGAUGGGCAGCCAAUUGCCUCCCUCAAGUAUUCGGAGUGGGGACCCAACACGCAGGACAACGACCUAAUCCAGCAGAACCUCUUGACCAAAGACAGCCGUUACGUUACGAGCCAGCAUGACGGCAAGAUCUACGGUUUUGAGUACAGCAACUUCCGCGAAGAGCGCCCCGUUUUUACCAAGAUGCUCUCAUCGCCCGUCGCCCGUGUAUUUGACGUCCUCCACCGGUGGGAGACCCCCGCUGGUAUGGACCCGGAGCUCAUUGCUCUACCCCAGCCUCCACUCCCCGCCAGCAACGAGGACAACCUGCGUCUCCGGAACGAAAAGGUCUUCAUCAAUCAGACGGAGGAUGGUGGCUGGUAUGCCCUAUCGGGAAGCCGGUAUCCCUUAAUCCUGUCUGCACCGCUGGCGCCCAUUCACCGCGUCGACUGGUGGCGGAUCAAAGAAUCUUGGGACCUGCUCCCCGAGUCGCAGAAGUCCAGAGCUUUGGUCGGGACGCACCAGCUGCCCGAUGGGUUCGGAACCCCCGAUAGGCUCCAACAGCAGUUGCCACCGCCUUUGCUACUCGAUGGUCCUCGGUCCGGGUCUGAGAGCCUCAUCGACGGCAAUGUUGCCAAACCGAUCCCGCCACUCCCCGCGCCCGAGCCGGAACCGAGUAGGAUCCUUGAGACGGCCAAGAAAGUGCCUGAGUUUGUAGUCACACGGGUGUUUGACCUUGUCAGCAACCCUGCGGCAAUUGUCCUCUUCAUCGUCACUGUGUGGAUGUUCUACAAGGACAAGAUUGUGCGCUUUAGCCGGUCCAAGGGCAAAGGGAGCUUUUUGACUCCAAAUAUCGAAGUCAAUCCGACGGUUUCGAGCUCUGAGCCUGUUGCGGACAAGCUACCUACUGCAGGCGGGCCGGUCGAGGCCAAAACUGAGAUUGCAUCCCCAGAUGCGACUCCAAGCGAGGAACUUCCGGUCGAAAGGCCCCGUGCCGGCACUUCACAGGGUGAGGUUGCUCCCCCUGAAGUUGCCCAAGAGUCAAAGCCGGAGCUUUCGGCUUCUCCCGGCUCACCUUCGCCCGGUCCAGCCUCGCCGGGCGUGACGUUUGCUGAACCACUUCCGGCCAAUAGCGAGCAGGCGGAAGGAGGUGAAGCCCAAGGCGAGCCCGUGAAGAAGAAGAAGGGCCACAGGGGCCGCCGAGGAGGCGUCAAACAUCGGAAAGGCAACAACAAGGAAAAGCGGGAAGGUUCUCAAUCGCGAGACGAUGAUUCUCCUCAGGAGAGUGUGGAGGAGGUGAUUAACAAAGCCAAGACAUUGGUCCGAGAGCCGAAGCUUGAGCCUGACAUCAUCACGAUGGCUGGCGAUGCCGACGAGGUAUCUGGCCAUAUUCUCAAGAUGGGGAGUCUCGAGGUCAAUGAGUCUGAACAGCUGGGCACGGGCAGUAAUGGCACCAUUGUCUUUGCGGGCAAGUGGGACGGCCGCGAUGUGGCUGUGAAACGCAUGUUGGUCCAGUUCAACGAAAUUGCCAGCCAGGAGACUCGGCUCUUAAGGGAGAGCGACGACCAUGAAAAUGUCAUCCGUUAUUACGCCCAACAAGAGCGUGCCGCGUUCUUGUACAUCGCGUUGGAGCUCUGCCAAGCCUCGCUGGCCGACAUAAUCCAGAAGCCGCAGUGUUUUAGGGAGCUCGCGCAGGCGGGCGAGCGUGAUCUGCCCAGUGUCUUGUACCAGAUCGCCAAUGGCUUGAGUCAUCUCCAUAGCCUACGGAUCGUCCAUCGCGACCUUAAACCGCAGAAUAUCCUCGUCAACAUGGGCAAGAACGGCAUGCCCCGGAUUUUGGUCUCCGACUUUGGACUGUGCAAGAAGCUGGAAGGCGGGCAGUCAUCAUUCGGUGCUACCACCGCCCACGCCGCAGGUACCACUGGUUGGCGCGCGCCGGAGCUGCUCAUUGACGAUGAUGCGCCGGUGCCGACCUCCAUGACGCUCACCGACCCUGGCUCCAGCCUCCAUAGUGCGUCAGGCUCUGGCAUGGUCGAGGGUCCGGGCCCCCACAGCCGACGAGUCACCCGAGCUAUUGACAUUUUCUCACUUGGGUUGGUCUUCUUCUAUGUCCUCACUCGCGGCAACCACCCGUUCGACUGCGGCGACCGCUUCAUGCGCGAAGUGAACAUCCGCAAGGGCAACUACAACCUGCAGCUCCUCGAUAUCCUCGGCGACCUCGCUUUUGAAGCACGCGACCUCAUCAGCAGCAUGCUCAAUGCUAACCCCAAGCAGCGCCCCUCCGCCGUCGAGGUGAUGUGCCACCCUUUCUUCUGGACUCCCAAAAGGCGACUCCAUUUCCUUUGCGACGUAUCCGACCACUUCGAAAAGGAGCCUCGCGACCCGCCUUCGACCACCCUUGCUCACCUCGAAUCUUACGCGCCCGAUGUUGUCCAGUCCGAUUUCCUCAAGCACCUCCCCCGCGAGUUUGUCGACAGCCUCGGUAAACAGCGCAAGUACACCGGCACCCGUCUUCUGGACCUGCUCCGUGCUCUGCGGAACAAGCGCUACCACUACGAGGAUAUGCCCGAGUCGCUUAAGAAGACUGUCGGGUCUCUGCCGGAUGGCUAUCUCGGGUUUUGGGCGCGGCGGUUCCCCAACCUAUUGAUCGUCUGCUGGAAUGUGGUGUACAACCUGCACUUGGAACACUCGGAUCGAUUCCGCGACUAUUUUGUGUGUGCGCCGCCCACGAAUGUGUAG